CUUUAAAAAUCUAAAACUGCACGAACUUUUGUGCCAUAUUGUGGUCUAAUUUUCAUCAUAUUAUCGAACAUUAACCGCUUGAGUACACUUUUGUUGUGCUUAAGUAAAAAUUCUGUAGGUAUAAAGACAAGAAUAUAACAUGAAAAUGAAGAGCUUGUCAGUACUAUUGAGUUUUGUUCACUUGUGUUGUGGUCAGUAUGGAUACAACCCUGCACCAAGUCCCAGUCCCAAUCCGAGUCCACCUCCAUGUAGCCCAAGAAAUGAUCCUUCGAGCGACGGUGUGUUCAGUGAGUAUGGAAUGUGCGUGUUCCAGGAGAACUUGAAGGGUGCACUGUUUCUACGACAGGGGGCUUCUGGUCUGGAAUACAGAUUCAAAGUGAGAGGAAUGAGUCAGGGACUGCACGGAAGUCACGUGCACCAGUAUGGCAGUCUGUUCCGAAGUGACUCAUCACAGCAGAUAUGCUCAGAGAGCGGGUCCCACCACAACCCAUUCGGAAUGAGUCACGGGGACUUCGAUGAUGACAUUAUGAACAG